AGAGGAAAAGAAGGUGUACAGUUCAGCCCCGCCUCUUCCCCUGACUGUCAACAGUGUAUAAACUUCGCCAAAAUCUGAGUCGGACAGUUGCCUUCAGACAGCUUCCUGACGUCUUCACCACCGAGGGGUCCCUGACUAUCUGUCGGCCUGCUUUCCUCUCUCUCAGCCCGGCUAUCUGCCUCUCUGUUUACAGUUAAAAGGUUUUCAGCAAGCAACAUGGCACCAAAGAGACGGGCUGCUUCUACUGCCAAUGCGGGCGGCAAGAAGGUAAAAGAGGAGCCCGAGACACCAAAGCCCAAGGAUGCCUUCACCUCUACAAAAGAGGCCCUUAUGGCUGCAGGGCCACAGGUAAAAGGCAACAGGAAGGUGGAUGAGCACUGCUCACUGCCAGCUGCUGGAGAGGUAUAUGAAGACUAUGACUGCAUGCUCAAUCAGACAAAUAUUGGACAUAACAAUAACAAGUUUUAUGUCAUUCAACUUAUUAAAGCAAGCAACAAGUACUAUUCAUGGAACAGAUGGGGCAGAGUGGGGGAAGUGGGACAAAGCAAACUUAACGUGUUCGAUAAGCUUGAGACUGCUGUCAAGGACUUUGAGAAAAAGUUUAAGGACAAGACAAAGAACAACUGGAGCGAUCGGAUGAAUUUUGUGUCUCACUCCGGGAAGUACACCCUGAUAGAGGUGGAUGGAGAGAAGGAUGCUGAGGUCAAGGUGGACAGUGUCGAUGGAAAGACUGCCAAAGUCACUAAAAAGACCCUACCAUGCAUCCUUGAUGAGGCUACAAGGAGCCUCAUUGAGCUCAUUUUCAGCAACGACAUGUUCAAGGAGGCAAUGGAAUGUAUGAACUUAGACAUCAAGAAGAUGCCUUUAGGCAAACUCAGUAAGAUGCAGAUCGCAAAGGGCUUUGAAGUGCUGGAGGAGAUUGAGGCAGCCAUGAACAAAAAAAGUGGAGGAGCACGCCUCGAAGAACUUUCUUCAAAGUUCUUCACCACAAUCCCACAUAACUUUGGCCGGUGCAGACCGCCUACCAUCAACAAUAAAGAGAUUGUGGAGAAGAAGAAAGAGAUGCUUAUGGUGCUGGCUGACAUUGAGCUUGCCCAGACACUGAAGUCAGAAACUGAGAAGGCUCAGGAAGAGAUGAUAGAGACAGUUCCUCACCCUCUAGACCAAGACUACAAUUCUCUCAAAUGCAAGCUCACUCUGAUGGACAAGGACACAGAAACAUCUAAGAUCAUAGAAAAAUACCUGAAAGAAACUUCAUGUGACUAUCGUAAACCAAAAAUUGUCAAUGUUUGGGAAGUUGAUCGAGCGACAGAGGGAGAGCGGUUUAGCGAGAAUGAUAGUCUGGAAAACCGCCGUCUGCUGUGGCAUGGUACAAACAUUGCGGUGGUAGCAGCUAUCCUUAAGAGCGGCCUGAGGAUAAUGCCCCAUUCAGGAGGCCGUGUUGGUUGUGGUAUCUAUUUUGCAUCUGAAAACAGGAAGUCUGCAGGUUACGUGCGCACCUCUAAAAAUACUGGAGUGAUGUUUCUGAGUGAGGUAGCCCUCGGCAAAGAACAUACCAUCACCAAAGACAACUCUUCCUUGAAGAAGGCUCCUGCUGGCUAUGAUAGUGUGGUGGCACGAGGAUCAGUGGAACCAGACCCGUCUAAGGACAUCUUCAUCACCCUGGAUGGCAAGAAGGUAGCUGUGCCACAGGGUAAGCCCAUAGAUCAGCCCCAGUUCUCAGAGAGCUACUUCAGUAACAGCGAAUAUCUCAUCUACAAAGAGAGCCAGUGUCGCCUUCGCUACCUGUUGGAGCUAAACAUGUCGUGCUAAUUCAACUUGAGGAUAGGGGCAGGUCCCUUGAAAGAGAAAAGUUCCUCCAUCUAUAUGAUGGGCUUCCUAAAAAGCGUAACUAUGCUGUUUUCUUAUAUUAUUAUGAUUAUUAUUGUCUUCAUUCUUACAGUUAUUGUGCAGACAACCUACAAGAUGCAUAAAUGACUUCCCUGUGCCUUAUAUUUUGCACACUAUAACUGGUCUGAGAGUGAUAGACUGCACUUCUGUUAAAACACUGACAUACUAUAUUUAUUUUAUUUACCAUGAAAAACAUGGCAUCCUUUAUCAGUCUCUUACUGGUAUCUUUUCAUCUUUGUUAAAUGUCUGAAAGGCCUCUAGAUAUCUAUACAGUUCUGUUUUGAAUUACAUGCUGCACAUUAUGUUUUAUUUUGCAUCUCAAUCGUGUACUUUGACCUUUUAGAUAUUAUUUACACUUGAUUAUUUAAUUCAAGUGAUCAUGCAGCAAAAAUAUCUUUGAUAUGCAGGAUAAAUACACUGCAUGCCUUUGCAAUUAUAUAGACAUUUUUAAUGUUAUUUAGUAGAGUAAAAAUGGUACCAAAUGCAGAAAUGUUUACAGGUAUAAGAACUAUAAAGUACAAUUUUGUGAUCUGAUAUUUUGUUGAACUGCUGAUUAAUAUCCUGAAAGUACUUUUACAGUGCAAAGUAAUAAGUGGUAAACAGAUGGGUCAAAUUUUUUGCCCAGUUGGUUUUCUAGAUAGGUUACAAAUGCCACCACAUGGUGUCAGGAAGGAGCAACUCCCUUUGGAAUGUAAUGUUCUCAGCAUUUUUGCACUAUGACAGAACUUGAACCAAUGAUUAGUUAAUAAACUUGAGUGUUCCUCUAA